CCGUCCACGGCCCAGUCAGUCAAGUCUUGUUACCAUCGCACACACACACACACACACACAGACACGUGUGCGCGCAGCGCAUGUGUGCACGCACACGCGAAUGAAUGGAGAAGAAUGAAUUGUGUCCGCAAACAGCAGCAGCAGCAGCACCAGCAAUGCAUGCAGGGAGGCACACAGUCGGGAGAUGAGGAGGGAGGGAGGGAGGGAGGGAAGGAGACAAGGGCGGGAAGCAUCGAAGCAGCAGCUAGGCGACCAUACACGGCUGGCGGGCGAUUGGGCAUCCAUCCAUUCAUCCAUCCAUCCAUCCACACACAUCCGUACACAUCCCACCGACUCACCAUCACCACUCACUCACUCACUCAUCAGUCGGAUAAAUGUGGAGGUACGCAUUAUUGUUAUUAUGUAUGUAUGUAUGUAUGCAUGUAUGGUGUACGCAGAUAUGUAUGUAUCAUGGGAUGUGUGUAAGAAAGCAGGCAGCCAGCCAGGCAGGAAGGCAGAUGCGCCAUCCCGUCCAUCCAUUGUGAGUGAUUGGACCGCCCGGAUAUCGAUCCAUCAGGCCGCCGGCCAGACGAGGCGAGGCUGCCUGAAUGAGAGAAAGAAGAAUGACAGCAAGCCAAGCCAAGCAAGGGAGAGGGACGAGCAAGACAGAAAGAAGCCACCAUUCAAUCAAUCAAGUCAGCCCGUCGGCCCAUCAAUCAGGAAACACCAGCACGUAAGACUCUCUCAAACAGGAGAAUGAAGCACGGGCAGGAAGGAAGCCAGCAAGAAAGAGAGAGAGACGGCAGGGAUCGCAUGGCUGCAUGGAUGGAUGAGCCGAAAUCCCGUCCAAAUCGGUAACGCCAGCCGCCCAGCAAGGGCAGCAGGCAGGCAGGCAGGCAAGCAAGCAGCCAGGCAGGUAAGAACAUGGUGGCCUUGUCUGUCUGUCUGUCUCUCGAGAGACAUUCAGACAGAUGGGCCGACGGGCAGGCAUUUACACAAAUACAAGUGUGCAAGAUACGCCUUCGCCCCGCCCCUUCACACAUACACUCACCAGAGGUAGGUGGGCAGGUCUGCCUCCCUCUCCCUGUCUUCCCAUCGGUCCAUUGCACUCUCUCAUGUAAACAUGGACCACGUAAACAGCUCAUGGCGCGGCGCUCGUCCCACAAGUGAGUGAGUGUCGAUCAUGCCAGGUAAAAAACUACCAACCAUUGAGUGUACCACACCACAUCACACCACACCACACGACGGGAUGGAUCGCUCCAAUCCAAUUUAUAGCUACACACACACACACACCACACACACACACACACACCCGACAGGCUCACGCGCACCCCCGCGUGAGCAGACCAGCCACAGCACCCACAUCACACAACACGCACAUCGCCUUCAUGGUCAUGAGACACUCUUCUUCAUUGGAAAAACAGCAAAGCACGUGCCGAUGCACCCACUGCACACAUCCAUCCAUCCAUCCGUCCAUCCAUGGGACCUCGCUCCCCUGUAUCUGCCCGCCUCACUCACCCACUCACACGGCUACCUACAGGCCUUACCGCACCCACCCAUUCCCCUCCCUGCCUCCCGUCUACAAACACCAACACCAGCUAGAUUGCAACAUCCAUUCAUCGCUGUGCUAGCUCAAACACCAAAAUGCCCCGCCUGUUUACCAUACCAUAACGACUCGGCUCCUCUUUUCUUCCUCAGUACCAAUCACGCAUCGAUCGCAUAAGGCAGACAGAGACAUGGACCAGAGAGGGGGAAAGUAGAUGACAAGUGAAUGACCAGCGCGAAACGAAUGGCAAAACCUCUCUCCCUGACGGCAACAACAAUCAAACCUGAUGUAUGUCUGUCGUCACUUCAUGGUGUCCACCCGCGGACUCACUCCGGUCACUCAGUCAAGAAGAAGACACACAGACACACACACACACACACAUUCACACACACUCAGAUGCGUGGGUCCCUGUCAGCGGUGCGGUCGAUCGCGCCAAACAAGCAUCCGUCCAUCCAAAUGCAAACCAACAACAAUGCAAACAACACCUCUGGCCAACGCAGCUAGUCCGUCUGUCUGUCUGUCUAUAUAAAAACCAGCGUGUAUGUGUGUCCUGGGGGGACGGGCGCUUACACGUACACACACAUGCAUGUCGAGUGAGUGGGUGAGACAAAAUGGAUGGCCCCACACAGAGAAAAUACUGGCAGCAGCAAUCGUGGGCGGGCGAGUGGGUGAAUGGGUGGGCAAGGGAAGCAUGCAUCAUGGCGUCAUUACCGGCAGCAGCAGCAGCAGGAGGAGCGUCAUCACAUAACUACGUAAAUGCAGCGCAGCCAUAUGAGUGGUCGUAAACCGCAAAGUGGAUCGCAGAGAGAGAGAGAGAGAGUGAGUGAGAGUGAGAGUGAGAGAGGGCAGGCGCCGGUGAGCAGCGAAGGGACGACCGACACUCAUUGUUCCAUUCAUCCACUGUGAAUUCAUCCAUCCACUCAUUGGUUAAAUAAGCCGGCCGGCCAAUCAGCCAGCCAGCCAGGCAGCCAGUCUGUCCUCCGCUCGCUGCCCACGGCUAGAGCAGUCAGGAGAGAGAGAGAGAGAGAGCCAAAGAGCGCUAGAGGGGAGGAGAGAGAAACAGGGAAACACCGAUCACCAAAGUGGCUGGCUGCUCGCUCGCUCACACACGCGCACAUCAGCUACCUACGGCACACAAACGGAUGAAAUGAAUGAUUGACUCAAUGACCGGGCGCACGCAGAAAACGCAUCCAUCCAUCCAUCCAUCCGUCAUGCUGAAUAACGUAACGCACACACGGGCAAAAAUCCCUUCCCCGUCGGAUUCGCCGUUCAUUGCUCGCGUACGUAGAUAGAUAUGUACGCAUGCCUGUGUAUGUGUAUGUGUGUGUGUAUGUGUGUAUGUAUUUGUUUAUUUGUGAGAGUGUGGGUCUCCCACAGGCACCCGCAGCAGGCAAGAAGCACCCAUAGCCGCGUUUUCACACACACACACGUACUGAGUGAUUAGAUAGGAUUUGGCUGUCCGGUCGCGACGACAAAGCGACUGACACCUGAAUUAAUACACACACACGUACACUCAACACACCCACACACGUACACACAUACACACGCACUUGCACACACACGUAGACACGAACAUGCACGCACACACAGCACACACCAGCGCCUGCCUUAUGCAUGUAUAUAUGCGUCACACACCACACCACAGAAACCACACCCACCGUACCACACACCGCACGCACCACACACAGCCAAAAACGAUCAGCUGGGCGACAGACAUGUCGACCACGCACAAACACACGCGCAACGCAACGCAACGCAACGCAACGCAUAGACUUACCUACGUCUGUCUGCCUGCCUGAAUGCCUCAUGCUCGGUACUGACGUACGUAUACAUAUAUGUGCGUAUGCAUUGAUCAUCGCCCCCCAUUGAAACGAGUGAGCGUGGAAAUAGCCAGCCAGCAAGCCAACGACACUAAACACCCACCGACGUACUCACCUCUCCCUGGCUACGUAGCAAGGCGCAGCGCAACACACGCACACGCACACGGACGAAAACCAAAGAUAAAACACCAUUCAUUCAAGGGAAACCAAGCACCAGCAGCGAUCCACAGGCAGGCAGACACAGCAAGAGGAAGGAACAGACAGAUAGACAGGCAGACAGGCAGACACGCAGACAGGCAGACAGGCAGGUCGGCAUGCAUUUGGGGAGGUAAUUAGACAGACAAAAAUACCGAUAGAGGUAGCACGUCAGCCAGCCAGCCAGCCAGCGAGAUUCAAAGAGCCAUCCAGCAAGCGACACACGCAACGCAGCGCAAUGCCACGCCACACCACACCACACAACAAGUCACACACAUCGACCGCCACUCUGCCCAUGUCAGUGGCUUCCUCUCUCACUCAAUCGAGCCUGCCUCCUCUUCAAUCUCUCCAGCUGUCUUCAUGUCCGUCUUUCCGUGAGGUUGAUGUGUGUGCGACCGAGACAGAGGAGAGAUAGAAGGCAUGCCAGCUACUUGUGGACACAAUCCUCCCUCCCCUCUCUCAUCACACACACAAAAAACAGUACUUUGGAACAAAGCCGGCGACACACACACCCGCGCACACACACACACACACACGGGAUGGAAAACCGUGUGGGCGCAUCCAUGGAUGCAGUCAUGCAUCCAUCCGUCUGUCCGGUAACGAGUGGCUGGUCUCGUUCGACGCAUGUACGAAAAGACCAGCCUGCUUGCGUCUCUGCGCCCACUCCCUACUCCUACCUAGUUCCCCUUAGCCAGUUACAUAUACACCCCCGCGACGAACCCCAAUUUCCCCUACCCCACCCACCCAUUAUACAGACAUUACAUACAUACGUACAUAGAUGUCCACUCAUCGCCUGUCUCUUUCACCUUCACAAGUCCUUUACUCCCUCCCUCCCUCCCUCCCUCCCUCGCUGUCUGGCUCGAUCCGCGCCGCGCCCGCGCAGCUGUACGGGCUGUCACGUAUCACUGCUCCUAGACGGAAGGAAUGACAGACGGAUGAUUGGACGUCUCACUCACUCGAUGCGAUGUGAUGCGAUGGAUGGAUGGAAUGAACAAAAUGGCCGUCACAACACAGCAAACACAACACAAACAAUAAUCCUACCUACCCCUUCUUGCCUGUCUAUCUGUCUGUCCGCCCCCUCCCCAUUGCAUCUCCUUCCCUGUCUGUCUGCCUGUGUGGAAACACCACACACAUGCCAGCCACAAGCAGGCGGCUAACCACACACCACAGCACAACACACCAAGACACAACCUACGUACCAACCAGAAGCCAGUCCCCGCACCCACCCAUAGCAGAGAAAAGAAAGCAUCACGGCGCGUGACCUCCUGUGAGUCACAGGCAGUCGUAGUCGCUGGCGAGCUGUCUCUUGAGAGAUGGGCUGGGCACGCUCGUCUCGCGUGGCCGGGAGUUCUCCACCGUAUGAAUGGCGCCCGACACGAGAAAUAUGACAGCGAAGACCAGGUAGAGGAACAGAUACAGCUUGCGGCGGUCCUUCAGCUGUCGCUCCUCCCUCUCAGCCUCAUCGUUUGCUGCUGACGGGUGAGAGGCCUUGUCGUCAUCGGCCGGGCCCUUGAGGUAGUCGACCAGCGACGGCAGGCCGGCGGGUGCAGCGAAACCCAGCUCCACCAGGUCGUCACCCGUCCAGUCGCCGUGGCCGAUGUGCGACGAUCCGACAGUCGCAUUGGUCUCGGCCGCCUCGCUCUGCACGUCGGGCAUGGCGCUUGACUCGUCGGCCUCUUCGCUGCUGCACUCGGCCACGGUGGGCAGGGGGCGGGGGGAAGGGGGCGGCAUCAUCGCGUGAAUCGCCUCCGUCUCGCAGUACCGCGUGAUGGACGCUGGAUGCCACGCCAUGCGGUCGAUUUGGUCGCUCAAGUGAACAUGGCUCAUACUUGGGGAUCCGCUGUGGAGCGAGUAGCGCUCCUCGCGCAGGCAGCCCACACCUGCACCCAUCGAUGGCGGGGUGAUGGACGACGAUACGGACGAGGUGACACUGACGUGGACGCCCGCCUCGCUGUAAAAGAAGGGCGGCACUGGCGCGGAUGUGUGGGAGUGCUCGGAUGCUGUGCGCGGUGUGGUGGUGCAGCGGGAGGUCAGAUCGGACGACAAGAGCGACUGGGAGUCAGCUCCACGAGGCUUGCGGACCUGGAAGACGGAUGGACGGACACAAAAGGAAAAUGUCUAGGCAUGUCAGGAAGCAAUCGUGUGUGGGUGUCUGUGGCUUCUCCUGACCUUGAGCGGUGGCACGGACAAGUUUAGGUGCGUCUUGGAUGAGCUGCCGCAGCCCGACAGCGACAAAGGCGAGGGGUCAUCGGACAUGACGCUCUCAGCGGCCAUGGUGACGUCUUCCUGCUCCCGACAUAUCGCCCCAUCGCAGUCCUCGCUCGUCAGGCUGCGCGUCAGGACGGGAAAGGGGUCACAUUGCUGCAAACGGCGCCCGUACAUGCGCAAGCAGUCGUCGUAGUCGGGCAGCGUAACGGUCGACGGCGCGUACGCGGCGAACCGUCGCUCGCUGUCGAUAUCGAAAGGGCCCUGAUUGGCAUCAUAGCACACGUCAGUGUCGCCAUCAAGGUCCGUCUUGACUGCCAGCGACAGCUGCCCACUCUCGUGCUCCCGAAAGUCGCUGCUGGACGGCGACAGGUCGCCGGCCGAUGAGGGGGGGCUGGGGAAGUCGCCCUUGUCGCCCAGCAUGAAGGCCGCCACGGGCUUGACCAGCUCCACACCCGGCACAGACCGGCAGGUGAAGCGGGGCAACACCGACGCCUCAGAGGUGUGUGAUGAAGGCAGGUCGGACCGAUAGGUCGACAAGCUGCUCCUCCUCUCGCCACUGCCUCGCGAGGGCUUGCACUUGAAAACCGACGGCGUGUUGACGUGGAUUUCCCUCAGGCCGUCGCGGCUCCUCUGGCUCUCCCUCUGCAGCUCGUGCAGCGGCAGGCGGGGGAUCUCGGGGAGGGACCGCCGCGACGAGCACGGGGGGAUCUUCUGCGCCACCAGCGACUCGCUGUCCUCCGACUGUCCUUUGGCGCGCAGGGAGAGCCGCGGCACCGUAUUGUCAUGGGAGAUGAGGGAUGUGGCUGUGGAUGACGAGAAUGUCCUCCUGCCGCUACUGACCCUCACUGCGGCUGAGCUGUGCAGCGUCUGCAGCAUGCUUUCCAGUCCAGCCACGUUCUGCUCGGUCGGCCGCAACGGGUGCAGAGGGGUCUUCAUGAUCUCGUCCUCGUGUGCCCCGCCAUCGCGCUCCCCCCUGGCUCUCGCCGGUGUCACCUGCAGCACGUGGCCCCCUCCCUGUAUCUUGAGACCACGUGGUGACAUCUUCUGUCGGCCCCAUUGCUUGGGCACCGGCGUCUUGGGCGGGGCCAGGUACGCUGCCGACCGAUAGAGGGCGUCUGCGUCGGCCGAUGUGGGUGUGAUGGGGGCGGAUGUCGACUGGCCCUGCUGUGGGUGCCUGCGCUUGGGAGCGAGUCGCUGCAGCUGGUUGAUGGUCUGCUCCGUGAGGGUGUCGCCCUCCACCACACUGGACGACAGGGCCGGGACGUGCUCGGUGCUGGCGUAGCCCAUAGACGACGAUGCCGGCGCCAAAUGGUAGGACACCGUCGUCAUGUUGGAGGGCGUGUUGGAGGGGAAUGAGCUGUCGAAGGUGCUCGGCUGGGCUGAGACGGUUGUGGUGCCCGUCAGGCUGCGAUAGAGGCCCGCCCGAUGCCCCGACUGGUCGCCGGGGGGCGUCAAGGCUGUUGGGGGGAGGGUGUCUUGCGACAGUGAGCCUGCCAUCGUUGUCGGUGUGUAAGUCCGCAUCAGGCCGUGCUCGUUGCGUAUCCCGCUCGUCGCCGUCAGGUCGCCGUCGCCAUCUCCCUCGCCCUCCUCUUCAUUCACCUCCACAGAGACGCACAGCGCCGGGACAUUGCUGCGAUCGCCCCUGUCGCGACCCCGCUUCAUGAUCGAUGAAAGCGGGCCGCCCUUCUCCAGGUUAUCCCGUGACCGAGCGAGCUUCCGUGAGAAGGCGUGCACCGGGUGGCAUUCGUCGUCUGCUGCCUCGAACGACCCCAUUGAUGAGCCGAAUAUGGGUGUCUUCUGCUUGCGCAUGACAGGGCCGUCCAUCUCGAAUGGAUCGCCGUCUGAUGGGGUGCCGUCGUCGUUGUAGAGAUUCUUGAGGGUCAUGGGGCGGCCUUGGGAUAACGAGAUGCGCCUGAACCGCCGACGGAAGGCCCAUGUGGAGGCAAUCACCUCGACAGUCUCCAGCACGACCAGCGCCAAAAAGGCAUACACCAUGUUCUGCCACACAGACACAUCCAUGCAAAGAUACAAACGAAUGGUAGGUGGGGCGCUGUCUAGGGUCAGUCAAGUGGUGGGUGGCCUCACAUGUGCGUGGAUGAGUGUUCCCGGUCUCGAUAGUGCGGGGGCGCCAAUGUCGUUUGACAGCAGAGCAAUCUCGGCCACCAGAGCGACGGGAGGGAUCCACGCGGCGAUGAAAGCCGACGAGAGAUUCGUCUCCUCUUGCCUGCAUGCAUCACAUCCAUGGCGCACAACACGCAAUUAGCAUGAAUGUAUGUAUCCAUCCAUGCACCGCACUUGUGCACUCACUCACCUGUAUAGGUACCACCACAGAUUGUUCAUAUGUCGGUCGUGCUUCACACCACACACCCAUCGCAGACCCUUCUGACCCAAACACCACAAAAGCACACGACACAAAGGAGAAGGCAGAACCAUUCAGCAUGUUCUGGGAGUCUGUCGGCUUCUAUCCACGUGCAAAUUCUGUACCUCGAGGAAGCAGCCUCGGCUGGCCACGACGGCGGUGCGUAUCGCGUUUCUGGCGAGCACUGCGAAGCCCAGAGCAAAAAACUCAUACGAGAAGGGCUCGAUGUUGCAGAACAUGAGGGCCAGGAAGAGGUCGGCGGCGAAGGUGAAGACGAACGACACCAGCGGCACCAGGUGGAAGGGGAACGCGAGGCGGGCAGACAGCCGGAAACACAAACUGAUCACCUCAAACGCCGCAUAGAAGAUGACAACGACCCCGAUCUGGUGGAUCGCCUGAUACAUCAUCCAAGAUACACACAGAGAAGAUGCGAACAGCGGUGGUCCGUUUGACACUUUCGUUGCUUACCGAUAUCCCUGAUUCGCUGAGCAGGUCAUAGCACGCUCCGCCGAGCAGUGAAGGCAGGAAGAUGAGCACGAGCGACAGGAACAGCAGGAUGGCAUCGUCGGAUUUCAUGUCAGCAUCACAGGCCAGCUGACAGCGGGGCUCCUCACCCUCCUUCCCGCCACCACCGCAAGGAUGCAGGAGGCGCCCCACGAGGCCGACGGCCUUGAUGCACAAGUCGCGGACUUGACUGAAGCGCUUCUGCCACUCCUCCGAUCCAUGCCUGCUCAGCAGCCUCUGCACCGCCGUGUUGUCUCGUGGCGUGCUGUUGGUCGUGUCGACACGCGGCAGGCUGUUGUGUGCCGCAAGCGACGCCUCCGCAUUAAAGAUGGGCGAGACGAACUCUCGCGGCCGCGGGAUCUUGCUGCGAUUGAUGAGCAGGUACGAUGACCACAGCAAGAAGCAGAUGGCCACGCCGAGGUAGGAGAGGUUGAGGGGAGUCGCUGCAUUGUAGUAGAUCAUCCAGCCGAAGUCCUCCAGUGCCGUCAGGAUGAUGGCGGGGAUCAGCACCAGCCAAAGGAAUGAUGUGCAGAUGUUCUUGGGUCGGAACAUCAUGGGCACGGCGACCACAGCGGUGAUGUAGUAGAGCAUCUCGCACGCGAACUUGAUGUUGUAGCGGUAGGACUGCAUCAAGCACAGCCGACCCGACAGGUCCCUGGCUGUGGCCGCCACGACAAGCACGAGGCUCAUGAUGCUCCCUCUCCAAAACAUCUUGCUGGGCGUCAGGCGGCCUGGGUACCGGAUGCCCCACAUGAACAUGACGGUGAGGUACUGAGCCGGCUUGUAGAUCAGCGUGAACUCCACCGUCUUCGGCACGAACCGCAGAGGGAAGUCAAUGUUGCUCACCACGAUCAAGCAGUUGACUGCGGCGGCCGUCAGCAGCGCGAUGAACAGCAGCCGAAACGUCACCAGCGACAGGUGGCCACGCAGUGACGCACACAGCCCGCCUUCCCGCCAGUGUUGCUGUGGUUGCCGCUGCGGGCCGAGCCGGCACUGUAUGACGCAGCAGCGUGUCUCCCAUUUGCGCUGGCUGCCGCCUCCUCUGCUUGCUUCGUCUGAGGGCUCGAGCGAGACAUCUUGGUCGGCGUGUUUCGCCUGGGCAAGCUUGACGUGGCCGACAGAUGAGGGAGGGAACGAGGGAGAGGCGGACGCCAUGGGACGCGAAGACCUGUUGGACGCCUUCAUCGUUAGCUCAGGCGUCUCCUCAGGAGAAGCAGCACUCCUGGCUCUCCCAGGCCUCAGUACAGCAGCAUGUGAGAUCUCCGGACAUGCCUUUUGUUUCUCAGGUCCGCCGGUGGCUGUUGCCUGACUGUGUCGACAGAGGAAGGGAAGCAAAGCACC